GGGGAAUCUCGCUUCCGGCGCGGGGCCGCGCCGCCCUCUCUCCUCGUUUCCGGGAUUCGCUGAUCCUGUUGCUCAGCUCCGCGCUGUCGCUGCCCGCAGAGCCAGGGGCGCCCGCCGGGAUGGGCUCGGCCCUGGCGCGUGCCGCCCCGCGCCAGCAGGACCGGGGGGCCGGGCUCCGCGCUGCUCUCUGAGCCGCCGGGGGCCCGGCGCUGAGGGCCCGGCUGCGAUUACAUCAGAUAUGACCAUGUGCAUAUUAGAAGCCCGAAGGAAGGGCAUGAUGUCAAAAUAACACGCACAACAUUUGUGAGGGCAAGUCCAGAAAACCAUGCAGUCAUCGGGGCACAGAUUCCGGGACAUUGAGCACCAUCCCCUCCUUGCUGAAAAUGACAGCUAUGAUUCUUCUUCAUCGGAAGCCGAUAUGGCAGACAGGGUUUGGUUCAUCCGUGAUGGCUGUGGCAUGGUCUGUGCUGUGAUGACGUGGUUUCUGGUUGUCUAUGCAGACUUUGUAGUGACUUUUGUCAUGUUGCUGCCUUCCAAAGACUUCUGGUACUCUGUGAUCAAUGGUGUUCUUUUUAACUGUUUGGCAGUGCUAGCUCUGUCGUCUCAUCUGAGAACUAUGCUAACUGAUCCUGGGGCUGUACCAAAAGGAAAUGCCACUAAAGAAUACAUGGAGAGUUUGCAGCUGAAACCAGGGGAAGUGAUCUACAAAUGUCCAAAAUGCUGUAGUAUCAAACCAGAACGUGCACAUCAUUGCAGUAUUUGCAAGCGAUGUAUUCGAAAGAUGGAUCAUCACUGUCCCUGGGUGAAUAAUUGUGUAGGAGAGAAAAACCAGAGGUUUUUCGUGCUGUUUACGAUGUAUAUAGCCCUAAUUUCAGCUCAUGCACUCAUUCUGUGUGGGUUUCAGUUUUUCUCUUGUGUCCGAGGACAGUGGACUGAAUGCAGUGACUUCUCCCCGCCUGUAACUGUGAUCCUGAUGGUCUUUUUGUGCCUUGAGGGUUUUCUGUUUCUCACUUUCACUGCUGUUAUGUUUGGCACCCAAAUCCACUCAAUAUGCAAUGAUGAAACGGAGAUUGAGAGGCUUAAAAGUGAAAAGCCAACAUGGGAGAGGAGACUACGUUGGGAAGGGAUGAAAUCUGUCUUUGGGGGCCAACCUUCACUCCUGUGGAUCAAUCCUUUUGCAGGAUUUCGAAUCAGGCAACUUUUGCUGAGAGCAAAGAAAGGGGGACCUGAGUUUUCUGUGUGAGCCUGCCUAAUCAUACUUGAACUUGCAAGAAUACUAUAUAAAUAUUUAUUUGGGGCCAGAAAUGGCUGUCUACAUAUAUUCUGUGACCAACUGAAACAAACAAGACAUUUGCUUGUAGCAAGCAGAGUUUUAUAGUCACAGACAUCUCAUUAACUUUCAGAAACGUAAACUGGAUGCUGUAGCGAUCUUUCAGCAGGAUAACAAAAGAAAGGUGUGUAACCA